AUGGUUGUGCAAGUUCUGAGACCGCCUACAGUUGCGAACCUUGUAGACAUCAAUCGUCAUGGAUCGUUAGGGAAACUGCUCAGAGUGACCGCAUGGGUGUUGCGUUUCAUCAACAAUGCACGUCCAGGUCAAGACCAGACAGUCAAAAGAAAGGGAAGACUGAAAAGAGAAGAAUUGGUUCAGGCCGAAGGCGAAUGGUUGAAAGCGGCGCAAGCAGAUUUGAGAAGACAAGGAAACUUUCAGCAUCUGGUGAGUGAGUUAGGGUUAGUAGAAAACGAUAGAAUUCUUAGAUGUGUUGGAAGAUUGGUUAAUUCCGAUUUAGAAGUCGACGCGCGCAGACCAAUUAUUCUCCCAAGAGACCACGCUUACACGACAUUGGUGAUACGGGACUGUCACGAAAGGGUCUUGCACAGUGGUGUGAGAACUACGCUUGCAGACAUGCGCUCUAGGUAUUGGGUUCCGAAGGGUAGACAAUGUGAGAAAAAAGUGUUGAGCAAAUGCGUGACCUGCAAGAAACAAGAAGGAAGGGCAUUUAGCGCACCCCAGACUGCAGCACUGCCAGAGUUCAGAGUGAAACAAGUGCCAGCGUUUUCGAAAGUAGGCGUAGAUUUUGCGGGACCAUUGUAUGUUAAGGCAGCAACAGGGGGCGUGCGAAAAGUUUACAUUGCUUUGUUUUCAUGCUGCGUAACCAGAGCAAUUCAUUUAGAAUUAGUCGAAGAUUUGUCAGCCGAGGCAUUCAGGAACGCCGACCUUGAUUGUAUCCGACAACGCGAAAACUUUUCAGGCGACCGAAAAAGCGCUCAAUGA